CCUUCCAUGUCAUCCCCUAACGUGUCACAAUAUAACACCAACUUCCUUUCUAUAUAACACAAACACCAUCAUCGUUUCUGUCUAAACAAAGCCAUUUCUCUCUGCAUUCCACUGUAAACCCAUUACUUUGUUGUACAAAAAUUCAAGGGUAAGUGUUUCAAUGGCUGAUCGUGACCGUCCACAGCCACACCAGAUCCAAGUGCACCCACAAGCCAUGGGCAGGGGUGGCUUCACACAACAACAAGGUCAAGGUGUAUCAGUAGGCAAGAUCCUUGUUGUCCUGCUUUCCCUUCCUGUGGGUGGUACUCUCCUUGCAUUAGCAGGCUUAACACUCACAGGCUCUCUCAUAGGGCUGGCUGUGGCUACGCCACUUUUCAUUAUCUGCAGCCCAGUUCUUGUCCCUGCUGCCAUCGCCAUUGGGCUUGCUGUGACUGGUUUUGUGACAUCCCAGGCUUUCGGGGUCACCGGCUUAACGGCACUUGGGUGGCUCAUGAGCCAAAUCCGGCAGAUCACCGGGAGAAUGCCUGAGCAGCUGGAUCAGGCAAAGAAGCGCAUGCAGGACAUGGCAGGGUAUGUGGGCCAGAAGACCAAGGAAGCCACCCAGGAAAUACAAAAGAAAACAGGUCAGGAAGGAGGGAGGACGUGAUCCAUAUGAUGAUAAAGGUGUUCUAUGGAUGGUAAAUUAGGUGAGUAGUAGUGAGGGAAUAAAGUGGGUUUCCUAAGUGGUUUCCUUGAGUUCUGAAGGGGUGUGUGGUCUUUGAUGUACUUUUGUUGCAUGCAGCACCAGAGAGGAGUGUGAUCAAUUCUCGUUGUCUGUAUUUGGAGUAAUACAUUUGUUAUAUUAUGCAUGUUUUAUGA